CAUGUGCCUGGUUUUAUAUGCUACGUGGCUUUUGGGAAGUCAGAUUACACUUCAAUUUUUCCUCUAGUGUCAAUGACAUCGUCGUCUUUUGAUUUCGCUGGUCAAAGUCGUAUUGCACAGCUAGCGCGCACGUAUUGGCUCUCUCCUAUCGACUCCGAGGGUCGCCAUAUUAAAAAAAAUGUGUUCAACGAUGAUCUUGUUGAAAGGAUUUACCUUGAAGAUAUGAUUAGUUUUGGGUUUUCUCAUCGUCGAUGCAUGAUGCUUGAAUUAGCGCAGUAUCUUGAAUGUUGGUUGUGGCCAAACUUUGAUGAAAAGAGUGGCAGAGCGCAUGUCAUCUCAAUAUGUGUCAUGGUCAAUGAGAAGGCUCGUGAGCGUGUGCCCGUCUGGCAGUGCUUCCAUGACAAUCCUGAUCAGUUCGGUCUAUUGAUUUUUCGCGUGAUCGAGAUGCUUGUAGAUGACCCCAUUGACAUAAGUCUUCUCUUCCUAUCAGACGACACAAUGCUGGCGAAGAAUCGUGAGGAUCUCCGCAAACGUCUAACAGAACAUAUUGUUCUUAUUACCUUUCUAUCCCAUUGCCUCACUAGUUUGGCAGAGGUCGGCGUUUUGCGCCGUUACUUGAAAGACAUUUAUUCUCUAGCAGUUUGGCGGCAUCUUCAGUCGCAGCGGUUGGAAAAGGAGUUGGCAGCGGGGCCCCCUCGCUAUCGAAAACUUCUGAAAAAACUAGAGAAACACGCUGCUGAGCUAAACGAGAAAGAGUCUGAAAGGUUGACCAGACAGCGUGCUUUUGUGGCCAAUUUCGUCGACAAAUUCUUGGCCAUUCUAGAAAAUUUGCCCGAUAAUAAGGAACUUGAUCCCCUUCUCGCUCACUACUUGCACAGAGGUCUACUGCUUUUAAUCGAUUUAUCAAGUAUGUUGAUGACUCGCCGUUUUCUUAUGAUUUUGAUGGAUGAUCGCCAUACGGUGGUUCGCUGUCAGAAUUGCUCCCUCUAUAAAGCAGAUGGGAAGAAAGAGGGUUGCUUAUUCUCUGAACUUGUCGACAUCUUCGCCUUUUAUGCUCAGUUCCAAGUAGAUUCAACUACAGGGGAAGCGGUGGAUGCAACAGAAUUAGAUCGGAGGCAUUGUCUUCAAUUAAACAAACUCCAACUGUCGGUGUUUUCAGAGAGUCGAGAAGGUAUAUUUCGCGACUUCGCAGUAGCGAAUCCGGCUGCUUACGAGUCUGGGGAGAAGUUGGCUGAUUUUUUGCAAAAACUAUCAACAAAACAACUGUAUAAUUUGGCAGCUAAAUUUCACUUUUUCCCCUCAACUCAAAAAGGACAGGAUGGAAAUGAUAGUGAUAGUUCCUUAUCAGCUGUAAAAAGACGGAAGACCAGCCAAAAUCUAAUGGUCUUCCCGCCACAAUUUCCCAGCACGCUUUUCCAGAAGGACAUGCUUAUCAAGCUUCUAGUUUAUCACUUUGCGAUUCGCGAAUCUCAUCUUGCCCAGAUGAACAGUGCCCCUUUAUAUCCUACAGAGGAGCUCCUUUGGAACGGGAAUCUAGUCCCGAGUGAAUUUUUCUCUGGCGAAGAGUGUCUAGCUUUACCCAAGCUCGGUCUGCAGUUUUUGACUCUGCAAGACUAUUUGAUGCGUAAUUUCACCCUUUUUCGACUAGAGUCAACCUUCGAGAUUCGACAGGAUUUGGAGGAUGCACUAAGUCGUAUGAGACCGUGGAGAGGCGAACAUGGCCAGGUGGUGUUCGACGGGUGGUCACGGAUGGCACUUCCCAUUCAGGCCUUCAGCAUCAUUGAGGUGGGCAAGCCGGCGCUGGGUGCUAGGCAGUCGUCUCGGGUGCGUGCUGACGUACGCGUCGUGUUGGCGGGUCUGCGCGAGGACGUGCAAAAGGAGUGGCAGGGCUUACGUCGCCAUGAUCCUGUCUUUCUUGUAACUGUUCAACCAAAGAGCCAGCUCAGGAAUUGGAAGUAUAACCCACGCAAACCAUUUCUUUCACAAAUUGGCAUUCUGGCAGUUCGCGGAUGUGAAAUCGAGGGUCAGGUAGAUAAAGCUGGGAAGCUUAUUCCUGAUGAGGAGCGUUUUGGUCUAGUCCCAAGCAAAGCAGAAGAUUUUGAUGCCCCAACAACGGCUCCAACAUGGCGAGUUUCUUUGGAUCCUUGUCAAUACCAGGAGGACAUCAAUCGUUUGCGAAAUGAGAAAAACCGGGGAAAGGCUAUUCGUGUGGAGAUCGCCAGGGCGAAACGCGAAGGACGCUCGGCUGAAGCGAUCGCUGUGUUAGAGAAGAGGGCUUUUGAGGCUGAAUCCUCCUCGCCUGACGACAUUUAUGACACCUUCAAUGUAUUGGUGCGCAGAAAACCCAAAGAAAACAAUUUCAAGGCUGUCCUUGACACAAUACGGGAUCUCAUGAACACCCGUUCGGUGGUGCCUGAUUGGCUUUUGGAUCUGCUUAUGGGCUACCUUGAUCCCGCAGCUGCGCAUUACUCACGCCGUCCGGAAUUCUAUGAUUCCCGACAGAACUGGUUCGACACCUUCCUUUCUGCUGACCAUCUCCGCAAGUCGUUUCCACAAUACAGCAUUAAAUUUGUCGAUAUGCGUUAUAAGUUUCAAGAAAGCGCUACUAAAACUGAAUCCACUGAUUUCGCUGUCGACCCGCCACCGCCCUAUCGCAUAACGUUCCCCCCUCUUAGCGAAGACCCGACGGCACAUGUAGAGGCCCGUUUGUUGUCUGACCUUCCAACACUUGCCAGCUCUGGGCCAAAGGAGCCUUCAAGCACGACAGAGGCUUCAUUGAAGCCUUUGCUCACAGCGGAGUCCUACACUCCAGUGGGGUGUCAGGUGCCCUGGCAUCUCCUAACGGUGGACUGUCCGACCUGGCUGCCGAGUUCCACAUCUUCGGGGGCGAAGCCUGGUAAUCGGAUUGCCUUUACGCCUCGCCAGGUGGAGGCCAUCAGGGCGGGUAUGCAGCCGGGCCUCACCAUGGUAGUGGGACCACCAGGUACAGGAAAAACCGAUAUCGCCGUACAAACUAUCCACAACCUCUACCACAAUUACCCCGGUCAAAGAAUUUUGGUAGUUACCCACUCUAAUCAGGCGCUUAAUCAACUCUUUGAGAAAAUAAUCGCACUAGAUAUCGAUGAGCGCCAUCUUCUGCGUCUGGGACAUGGUGAGGAGGCUCUGGCUACUACAAAGGACUUCUCUCGUUACGGUCGUGUUGACUUUAUCCUGUCAAAGCGAAUUGAACUCCUACAGAAGGCUAGUCUUUAUUUUGCCAACAUUAUGGUUGUACUUUUACGCAGGAGCUUAGAGCUGCCGCUGAAGGCAGACGAGAGGGACGUCAACCUCACUGUUGGAAGGAAUGCGGAUGUCGCUGACGUGGCCCCUGUCGCUGCUGCCAAACCGGGAUCACUAACAAGGGACAUUGAUGAAAACACACAUCAACUGUACACUUGUGAGACUGCGCAGUAUUUUUUCCUACAGGAUGUGCUUCCGCGAUGGGAGAAAUUCGUUUCCGAGGCAGCCAAAUUACUGAAAUAUGGCGAUGAAAAUGACGUUUCCAUGGCAGUCUUUGUGCGCAAUCACUUUCCUUUCACUUCUUUCAUCACCGGACAGGCUAAUCCCCCGAUGGAUCUCGUAGAACAGAUCUUCCCCGGUCGAAGUCUGACAACGGAUCUGUCAACUGCGCGUUCCUGCUUCCGAGCCAUUUCAGCAAUUUUUAACACGCUGGAGGAGUUCAGGGCAUUCGAGUUGAUGCGCACGGGCCUGGAGCGUGCUAAUUUCCUCCUCACUCAGGAGGCUCGAAUAGUUGCCAUGACCUGCACUCACGCCGCUUUAAAACGUCGUGAUCUUGUUCAACUGGGAUUCACUUACGAUACCAUUAUCAUGGAGGAAGCUGCCCAAAUCCUCGAAAUUGAGACCUUUAUUCCUCUCCUCUUACAGAAUCCCGACAUCUCGGGCUACAAUCGGCUAAAACGGUGGAUUAUGAUCGGUGAUCACAAUCAACUACCUCCUGUUGUCAAAAAUCAAGCCUUUAAUAAUUUUUCUAACAUGGGCCAGUCACUGUUUGCGCGUCUGGUGAAAUUGGGCGUGCCCACCAUCCAGCUGGACGCUCAAGGCCGAACACGACCCUCUAUCUCGCGGCUGUACAGUUGGCGCUACGAGCGCCUUUUGGAUAUUCAACAUGUUAUCACUGGACAAGAGUACAAACUCUGUAAUCCUGGAUUCCAAUACGAAUACCAGCUAAUCAAUGUGGAGGAUUAUAAGGGUGUUGGCGAGUCCGAACCGAGUCCAUACUUUUAUCAGAAUUUGGCCGAAGCAGAGUAUGUGGUGGCAACCUACAUGUAUAUGCGAAUACUCGGUUAUCCCUCAGACCGAAUAGCUAUUUUGACAACCUACAAUGGCCAGAAGCAUCUCAUUCGCGACGUCAUUGAGGCGCGCUGUGCUUCCAAUCCGCUUCUCGGCAAACCGCGAACGGUCACUACUGUUGACAGAUUCCAGGGUCAGCAAAACGAUUAUAUAUUGGUUUCGCUGGUGCGCACGCACACCGUGGGGCAUCUGCGUGACGUGCGUCGGCUUGUGGUCGCGCUGUCACGGGCUCGUCUUGGUCUCUACAUCUUUGCUCGUGUCGACCAGUUUGCCAACUGCCAAGAGCUUCGACCCGCCUUCGAUCGUCUACUUGGACGACGUGGUCUCGGCCCUGGCAGCGAAGUCCGACCAACUCGUCUGCAUCUUACACCCUGGGAAUCUUGGAGAGACCCUCGAGAUCCAGCUUCCAUCGACGUUCGUUCAUUGGAUUCCAAAUUGAGCAACAGGGCCGUUGUGAUUGAGGACAUGCCAGCAAUGGCUUCUUAUGUCAGUAAACUUUAUGAAGAACGUGUGAAGGAUAUGGUUGGGCGGUAUAUUGCAGCAAAAGGACCUCGCAAGCUAGGCAUCCUAAAAGUUGUCCAGAAAACAUCCACCGCUACAAAUGUUACGGGUGUUGAUGAGAGAGUCUCGGUGGAGAAAAUGGAAGUUGAUGAAGUUACAGAGAAAACGAGAUCUGAUGAUGAACAGACCAUUGAGACUACCAUACCAAAUACACUGGACUUCGAAAUAAAACGUGGGACCGUAAAUACGCAAGAGUAA